AUGGGUCAAGAAUAUUCACAUAACAACCAUCAUCAUCAUCAUCGCCCUCAUCAUCACCAUCAGCCUCAUUAUCCAUCGAAUCCUGGUUAUUGUCCACCACCACCAGUUCCUGGCUAUUGUCCACCACCAGUGCCUGGCUAUUGUCCUCCACCACCAAUACCUAGCUACUGUCCUCCUCCACCUCAAAGUGGUUUUUGUCCACCACCUCCACCACAUUUUCAUGGACAUCACGGCCAUCAUGGCCAUCAUUAUCAUCAUUAA